UGCCCAGCCAUAUGGCUAACCGGUGUUGGAGGUUUCCGCCUCCUAUGGCAACCGGCUAGCUUCAAUGGGCAUCCAACUCCCAUUUCAACUCCAGAAAAACAUCCCUCCGCAUUCAAAGUGAAGAGAAUGAAGCCUUCAGGUCGCACACGCAAUGGGAAUAGCAAACAACAACCUGUUGUCGCCAACCAGCCUGCUGCCAUGUCCUUUCCUCUCUUCUCUCCUCUCUCCUUGUACCCCCUCUCAUCUCGCCACCUCUCCCUUGCUCUCCCAUCCUUCUCCUCUCCUCCCAUCCCUCCUGCUAGCCCCACGAGCCGCUCUGUUUACAAAAUCAACUCUCGCUACGAUCCCAAGCUCGACAAACGAUCCCGACGAAAUGCCGUCUUAUGACGGGGCCCAGGAGCGCUACGGCCUGUCUUGCCCCGAGGGUAGCAGCUUCUAUAUCUGCGCUUCGAGUCCCGUCCGUUUCAUCGGCUGCUGCGAUGUCCACCCGUGCGCCGCCGGCAGACACGGCCUCGGCGGUGCCUGUCCUGCGACCGCCCUGCGCCCCGCGAGCUACUCGUCCUACGCUGGGCCCGCGCAGCGCUGCUCCGCGCCGAACCACUACGGCUCGUGGUACACCUGCGACGAUGUGAAUCCCCGGUUCAUGGGCUGCUGCGCGCACAACCCCUGUGAUGGCGGCUGCCCCGUUACCGCUCUGCUCCCCGCAGAGCUCAGCGACAUCCCCCGGUCGGCGGCCCUUUUCCUCCACCUACUCGCCCCGAACACUACUGCUCUCGCUGGGCCCCGAUAUACCCCCGCCGCCGUAUACAGCGUCGCGCUGGCUCCGACGAUGGCAGCAACUACGGCCACUACGGCUCCCGCGAUCUUCGUCGCCAGCUUGACCAGUGCGGCCAGCGUGGCCAGCGCAGCCGGACUGCCUGCCAGCACUGGUCAGAUGGCAACAGUGAACCCGUUGCAACGUUUGGCAGACCCAUCUCAGUCGACCGGUUUGAUUGUCGGUCUAAGUAUGAUCGGUGUCGUUAUUCUCCUCGCCGUGAUCGGCUGUAUUCUCUGGGUCGAGAAAGGAGGUCUCCAGAUGUUCAGACGGCGUGCCCCCCCAGCCAUCUUACCACGCUCAAAAUGGUAAAGGCGGCUUUGGCGCCGGAAUAAGGAUAACAAUACGUUGUAGCAAACAUAACAUCACCUACAAAUUGAACUACCCCAUACGCCAAAAGAUUCUCGACGUACCUAUGUUUCUCCGGCUUUCAAUCGCUACAACCUCGGUCACUCGGCCGAGCUUUGUAGUUAGAUUAGAGAUACUCUAUGUGGGCGCUACCAUUCUCAACGGUCUUUACCGGAGCGGAAAGGCCCAUGUCCGCAGCGCAAUCUAGCACAUAAUGACAACGUAUU